AUGCAUUCUAACUUUGUCAGUUGGCUGGCAACCCUGGCGUUCCUGCUGUGGGCGCUGCUGUGCCUUGGCACCCUGACAAACGGAUACCCGGUGAAACCGGAGAACCCAGGGGAGGAUGCCCCUGCGGAGGAGCUGGCCAAGUACUACUCAGCGCUGAGACACUACAUUAAUCUCAUAACAAGACAGAGGUAUGGCAAGCGGUCCAAUCCUGAGAUCCUGGACACACUGGUCUCAGAGCUGUUAUUGAAAGAAAGCACAGAUACGCUUCCACAGUCAAGAUACGACCCAUCGUUGUGGUGA